GCCGUUGCCCCCACUGCAUGCAGGCAGCUAGGUGGCUAGCAAAUAGCGUGCGUCGCCAUGGGCAUGGCCAUUGCUGCCAGGUCUAUGGAGUUCGUUGUCGCAUCGUCGGAUUAUUGUACUUGAUCGCGCUCUCUCUCUCUCUAGCUAGAGCUUCCCCGCACCUCAAGCUACCUGUGUGCUUUAUUUCCUUAAAUUUCAUCCAACCCAUCCAUUAGCCCACGCACGGCACGGGGGCCUUGCCCUUCCCCUUAGCUUGCUUCAACCCCACGUACUUUAUCACUAGCUAGUAGAGUGCCGGCCCGCGCGCUGUCCGGCCCCUCACUCAUCUCUCUCUCUCUCUCUCUGUCUCCCAUUCGAUCUUGCUCGGAGCUAGCUAGAGAGACCAGCAAGCAGAUCGACCACUGCUGCCGGUUGCUGCUUUUUUUCCCCCCGGACGGACCUUUUAUUUAGUUACAAAGCUAUAGUUUUUUCUUAUUCAGCUCCACUUUUAUUAAUUAAAAAGAUGCGCAGUCUGUUACCUCUGGCGUAAGUCUCAAGCAUCGAACUGCCUAGCUGCUGUCCCCCUAGCUGAGAGCUGAGCUGCUGAGAUAGCGAGCGCCACCCGUCGCUUUUCAUUUAUAAUCGCCCGCCAGCAGGCCGUCUCAUCAUCAUUGUUGCCAUCCGCGGCGCCGGCGGCUCUGCAUGCGCGCGCCCUGCGGAAACUGAUCCAUGAUCUGAUCCCACGGCACCAGCAGCAACGGCCGACCGCCGGGCCGGCCGGCCGGCGCGCACGCACGGUGGGCGCGCGCGCGGUGCCAAAUAAAGAGCUUAGAGCCGCCGGCCGGGAUCUAUGGGGCGCGAGGCGGCAGCCACGAGGCCGCCCAAGCUGCGGAGGGGCCUGUGGUCGCCGGAGGAGGACGAGAAGCUGUACAAUCACAUCAUCCGAUAUGGCGUCGGCUGCUGGAGCUCAGUCCCAAAGCUCGCUGGCUUGGAGAGAUGCGGCAAGAGCUGCAGGCUGAGAUGGAUCAACUACCUGCGGCCUGACCUCAAGAGGGGCAGCUUCUCCCAGCAGGAGGAGGAUCUCAUCGUCAGCCUCCACAAGAUACUAGGCAACAGGUGGUCCCAGAUCGCGUCGCAGCUGCCGGGGAGGACGGACAACGAGAUCAAAAACUUCUGGAACUCGUGCAUCAAGAAGAAGCUCCGGCAGCAGGGCAUCGACCCCGCCACCCACAAGCCGCUCAACGACGACGACAACGCUGCUGCUGCUGCUGCUGCGGACAACGACGCCGCCGUGGCGCCGCACCACCAUCGUCGUCAUCAGGACGACCACUGCGGCGCCGCCAAUAUUGAUAAUAAUAAUAAUAACAACAACAACAACAACAAUCGGCAGCUCCCCUCAGCCGACGACCACUGCUUCGCCAUGAGCAGCGACGACCCUCUCGCGCCACACUCCCCGACCGUCAGCUUCGACCCACUGUCCGUCACCAACGUCCCCACGGCAAUGCAGCAGGGCUCCUACGGCUCGUUCCGCUCCGACAACGACCACCUCUGCGACUACGGCGGCGGCGGCGUCGACGUGGUCUCGGACGCCGCCACGGCGUACAGCGCCCCCUACACAGGCGGCGGCGGCGGCGGCGGAGACAGCUCCAGCAACAGCAACGGCAACGGCACCUGGGCCUGCAGCGGCGGCGAGCCGAUGCCGCCGCACGUGGCCAUGUUCGGCCGCGAUGCUGCCCAGGCGGCGGCGUACCAUCAGUUCGUCGACCCGGCCAAGUACAGCCCCUGGCAGCAGCACCCGGCGGCGAGGCUCCAUGAUCACAACGUCGGCGGCGCUGCUGCGGGCUUCCCGAUACGGUCCAUGUCGCGGGACCUGCCGGGUUCCUGCUUCGACCUCGCCCGCAGCGCGCUGGAGGACGAGUUCAGCGUCGACUUCCUCUGACGUACGACUACGCCGACGCGCGACGUACGGCCAGGAGGUCGUUGGUGCAUGUCGUCGUCCAACACUCACUCGAUCGACAGACACACACACAGAUACACUUUUCAUUCACUACUACUGCUACUAUUACCUCAGUCCUCACAGAGAUCACCUAAAAAAACAAGACACACUCUCCUUGUGUCUGCAGGCAUAUUCGUUCGUUAUUCCCCACUUCUUUUCAUGUGGUCCGGUCAUACUUUAUUUGGACCCAUCGAUCAAGUUGGUUAAUUAACACGUUUUGGUGGU